AGCAGAUUAGUUGAUAUUACGUUGGGUUCAAAGUCAACACUCCUGCCAUGACUCUUGCAUAAUUGUUAUUGUGAACUGCUGUGACCGUCAUCCUCAUUACAAGUACCUGCUGAUAGAAACAUGCAUGAAAAACACCUCACCUCAAAUAAUGAGUGGAAUAUUACAUUUGUGGGUUGUGGAUUUUUGGGAAUUUAUUAUUUUGGAGUCUACACUUGUCUGUUGGAACAGGCUCAACACCUAAUUCAAAGUACCAAGAAAAUUUGUGGAGCUUCAUCUGGAGCACUGAUAGCAGCUAUGAUAGUGUGUCAAUUGUCACCAGCAAGGUGCUGUGAAAAUCUAAUGGCACUAGCCAAAGAGGCUCGAAAAGGCAUCCUGAGCUCCAUGCAUCCCUCCUUUAACCUGUUGAAGUUAACCAGGCAGCUUCUGAUUCGAGAGCUGCCCGAUAACGCUCACCUACUUGCCAGUGGAAAAUUGUGCGUGUCACUGACACGUCUGUCGGAUGGGAAGAAUGUGCUGGUGUCCGAGUUCACUAGCAAGGACGAUCUCAUCCAGGCUUUAUACUGUAGCUGUUUUUUCCCACUGUACUGUGGAGUGGUACCACCCAGUUAUCAUGGCACUCACUAUGUAGAUGGCGCUUUGAGUGACAGUGCUCCGUAUUCCAGUCUGAAGAAUACCAUCAUUGUCUCGCCAUUCUCAGGUGAAAGUGACAUCUGCCCAUAUGACAACCCGGUCUAUUGCCAAGAAGUGAGACACUGCAAUAUGAGCCUUAACAUCAACUUGGUGAACGUGCACCGUGUUAUCCAAGCCUUUUUCCCACCAGAACCUGAGAUUAUGGCAGAGAUUUGUCACAACGGAUACAAAAACACACUGGUGUUUUUGAAAGACAAUGAUUUCUUACAUGACUCAAUUUACACUAAAGUUGUACUGGACAAGUGUCCCUGGUUCAAUACACACAACUACCAAUGGCAAGAUAAUAACAUUGAGCCCGGACAAUCGGGACCUGUGCUGGAUAGACAGGAUGAUAACCUGCUGCCUGUUUACAUCCAAAAAGUCUUCUGCAAAGCUUGUGUGAAGAAACCCGGAUGGACGAGUGAACUCUUUGCUGUGAAAUUUGUCACAGUUAUACUGGUUGUGUGCAUUUUGCCUGUGGAAGUUGUCUACCUCAUGCUAUUGAGGUAAAGCAAUUCAUCUACCCAAAUACAUUCAUGGUCUUUUUAAAUAGGAACACCUAUUUGACUGCUCAUUGCAAAAUGGAAAAUUAUUAAGCUCUACUACAUGAAUU